AUGCCUGUGCAAAGACAGCGCAGUAAGCCUGAUCUUGAGUUUACUCUUCGACAAGUUUUCGGGAAGCCCUCAUUCAGACCUAUACAACGCGAAGUCAUUGAAGCUGCUCUAGAUGGCAAUGAUGUCUUUCUCCAAGCCGCCACUUCGUUUGGCAAAAGUUUAUGCUUUCAGCUGCCAGCAUGCAUCGACUACGGAAUCACGGUCGUCGUAUCACCUCUUCUUGCACUCAUGAAUAACCAGGUCGCUGCCCUGCGUGCAGCAAACAUUCAAGUCGCUACUAUCAAUAGCACUGUACCCAAGACCGUCAAGGAUGCUAUCAUGGCCGAUCUAAAGACUGGUCACCCUCAAACCAGACUUCUAUACGUCACUCCUGAGUUCUGCGCCCAAGACCACUUCCGUCGCGUUCUACGAGUGGUCCACGCACAGAAAGAGCUCGCCCGGAUUGCAAUUGACGAAGCACAUUGCAUUUCUGAAUGGGGUCACGAUUUUCGCCCGAGUUUCAAAGACCUCAAUUUCUUCAAGCAAGAGUUCCCAGAUGUGCCAAUGAUUUGCUGCACUGCCACUGCUACACAGCGGGUGCGAGACGACAUCAUCGCAACUCUGGAGCUCGACAAGCGUAACCUGAAACACUUCACCAUGACCACCAGCCGGCCAAACUUACAUUACGAAGUUCGGUACAAAUCAGACGAUGAAGACCACUAUGACGAUUUCCUCGCAUGGAUCAAAGCCGCUCAUGCUCGACGUAGAAGCCCAGAACGUGCUGCAGAACUGGCUGCUCGUAAUGAACGAUCAACCAACGUACCGGGCAUCAUCUAUACCCUAUAUCGCCGAGACUGCGAGAUACUGGCUGAACGUCUGACCAACGAUGGCAUUGGUGCCAAGCCAUAUCACGCUGGGCUAAGCAACGAGCAGAAAGACGACCAUCUGUCCGGCUGGGUAGCUAACCGAGAAGGCUACGAUGUCAUCGUGGCCACCACUGCUUUUGGUAUGGGCAUUGACAAAGACAACGUCCGUUUCGUAGUGCAUUGGCAGAUUGCCAAGUCUUUCGAAGGCUACUAUCAAGAAGCAGGUCGUGCAGGCAGAGAUGGAAAAGCCUCACUCUGCAUAGUCUACUAUUCGCGCGAAGAUCGCGAUCGCGGUGCAAACAUGCUGGCCAGAGCCCAAGAGCAAAAGAUGCGGCAAGAGAUGAGCAGAGGCCGCAACACGGACUACGAUAACAUGAAUACGCAUCCCGAUAGCAAUGGUCGUGCCAACUCCUUGCUGUAUCUGACCAAGUACUGCGAAGCAACAGGAGUCUGUAGACACAGGAUGGUUGCGGAGUACUUCGGAGACAAGACUGUGGUGCCGUGCAACUAUGCUUGCGAUCACUGCAAGGAUCAGAAAGGGCUGGAGAUUAGGAAGAAUAAUGGAUUGGCGAGCGAGGAGUGGUGUUUGACACAAAGACAGUCUUAUUCAUACGACGAGUACGACUAG